AUGUCCAGCGUGAAACUAAGCGAGGGUGAUAUCCGUGCUAUCUUUACGAAUGUUGAAAAGUAUCAUAAUCCAGCAGGAGGCAUUUUCCAGUGCCACAGAACUCGCAAGAACGACCCGUCCGUUCAGGCCAACAGGAAAAACCUAAUAGUCAUUUCCGAUGGUGUGACUAGAGUGAAAGCGCUUCUCAGAAAUGAAGCGGUUAAAAAGGCUCGCGAGAUGGAGAUGAACGUCGGGGAUAUCUUCCAGAUGACCCGCGGUGAACCGGCCAUCGUGCAGGAAAAGAAGAAAUAUAUAGUGCUGAUCGAUGAUAUUGAACUCUUGGAGCGAGGUGCUGAGAUCCGAAGCCCAGGCUGUGACCUUAUCGACUCUUAUCUAAACGCGCACCCCGAAGAAGUCGUGUCACUGGAGGAGUCCGCCCACCCUCCCGCUCAUGCUCCACCUCAGCAACAGCAACAACAACAACAGCAACAAUAUCAAAAACCCCCCCAGUAUGCGCCACAACAACAGCAGUACAACGGUGGCAGAGGUGGUAGCGUACAGCAGUCGUCAUCACAGAAAAGUAGACCCAUUUUUGCGAUUGAACAACUCUCUCCUUAUCAAAAUAUGUGGACCAUUAAGGCAAGAGUCUCUUUCAAAGGUGACAUUAAAACCUGGAGUAAUCAAAAGGGUGACGGUAAGCUAUUCAAUGUCAAUCUGCUCGACACAUCAGGGGAAAUAAGAGCAACGGCAUUUAACGACAAUGCGGUAAAAUACUACGAAAUGCUUCAGGAGGGUCGAGUCUAUUAUGUAUCCAAAGCCAGAAUCCAGCCUUCCAAACCGCAGUUUUCUAACUUAUCUCAUCCAUACGAACUUCAGUUGGAUCGUGAUACAGUUAUCGAAGAAUGUUACGACGAAGUUGAUGUUCCCAAAAUGAAUUUUAGCUUCGUCAAAGUAAAUGCUGUGGAAACAUUGGAGCCCAACUCGACCGUUGACAUACUUGGGAUCAUUCAGGCUGUUAACCCGCCUUUUGAGAUCACCUCUAAGGCCGGCAAGAAAUUUGAUCGUCGUGAUAUUGUGCUUGUAGAUGACUCCAACUAUUCCGUCACCGUAGGGCUGUGGGGUAAACAAGCCUUGGAUUUUAACCUUCCUGAGGGUUCUGUACUUGCAAUCAAAGGUGGCCGCAUCACUGAUUUCAAUGGUAAAGGAAUGUCCAUUGGAUUCAACAGUACUAUGCAUCCUAAUCCUGAAGUACCUGAGGCAUACGCGCUGAAAGGAUGGUACGAUUCCGCCGGGCGCGGGCUUCAAUAUCACUCUUUAAAGCAAGAACCUAGCGCUGGGGGCGGAAACAAAGCUAAAUUUAUUGCGGAGCGCAUUACCAUUGCCAAAGCUCAAGCGCAAAAUCUCGGUAUGAGCGAGAAAGGUGAUUAUUUCAAUAUUAAGGCGGCGGUUAACUUCUUGAAGGUAGACAAUUUUGCAUAUUCUGCCUGUGCGAAUGAGGGCUGUAACAAAAAGGUAAUUCAGUCUUCCGAUGGCACCUGGAGAUGCGAAAAAUGUGAUGCAAAUCACGACAAGCCGCAAUGGAGAUAUAUGCUAACAAUUUCAGUUCUCGAUGAAACGGGUCAACUAUGGAUGACUUUGUUCAAUGAACAAGCAGAGUUAUUACUGGGAACUGAUGCGGGUACGUUGAUGGAUCUUAAAGAAAAUGAUGCUGACGAGUUUACCAAGGCCACUCAAAAGAUACAAAUGUACCAGUUUGAUUUCAGAGUCAGGGCUAGGGAGGAUAAUUACAAUGAACAAACGAGGAUAAGAUAUUCAGCUGCCAACGUUCACAGCUUAAACUAUAAAGCAGAAGCUGACUUUUUGGCUGAGGAAUUGGGGAAAACUUUCCUCAUUUAA